UCAGGAUCUAUGGGCAAGUCUAGUAAGAAAUCCGUCACCGAAGUUGAAACACCUGCUUCAAUGACAAAGCCACUCAAGAAAGGUAAGAGAGAUGCGGAAGAGGAUUUGGACAUGCAAGUUACGAAGAAGCAGAAGAAAGAGUUGAUUGAUGUUGUUCAGAAGGAGAAAGCUGAGAAAACGGUACCUAAGAAGGUAGAGAGUAGCAGUUCUGACGCUUCUGAUUCUGAUGAAGAGGAGAAGACUAAGGAAACUCCAUCUAAGUUGAAGGAUGAGUCUUCUUCUGAAGAGGAGGAUGACUCUUCUUCAGAUGAGGAAAUUGCGCCUGCGAAGAAGCGACCAGAACCUAUUAAGAAGGCUAAGGUAGAGAGCAGCUCAUCUGAUGAUGAUUCUACUUCAGACGAGGAAACUGCCCCUGUGAAGAAGCAACCAGCAGUCCUUGAGAAGGCUAAGGUAGAGAGCAGCUCAUCUGAUGAUGAUUCUUCUUCAGACGAGGAAACUGUCCCUGUGAAGAAGCAACCAGCAGUCCUUGAGAAGGCUAAGAUAGAGAGCAGCUCAUCUGAUGAUGAUUCUUCUUCAGACGAGGAAACUGUCCCUAUGAAGAAGCAAACAGCAGUCCUUGAGAAGGCUAAGGCAGAGAGCAGUUCAUCCGACGAUGGAUCUUCUUCGGACGAGGAACCCACCCCUGCAAAGAAAGAACCAAUCGUUGUUAAGAAAGACAGCUCAGAUGAAUCUUCUUCAGAUGAGGAAACCCCCGUUGUGAAGAAGAAGCCAACAACAGUUGUUAAGGAUGCCAAGGCAGAAAGCAGUUCAUCAGAGGAGGAAUCUUCUUCGGACGAUGAACCAACACCUGCCAAGAAGCCAACAGUUGUUAAGAAUGCUAAACCAGCUGCAAAAGAUUCAUCAUCCUCAGAGGAAGAUUCUGAUGAGGAGGAAAGUGAUGAUGAAAAACCUCCUACGAAGAAGGCUAAAGUUUCAUCAAAAACUUCUAAACAAGAAAGCUCUAGUGAUGAAUCUAGUGAUGAAUCUGAUAAGGAGGAGAGUAAAGAUGAGAAAGUGACACCAAAGAAAAAGGAUUCUGAUGUUGAAAUGGUGGAUGCAGAGCAGAAAUCUAAUGCAAAGCAGCCGAAGACACCUACUAAUCAGACUCAGGGAGGAUCAAAGACGCUAUUUGCUGGAAAUCUUUCCUAUCAAAUUGCGAGAUCUGACAUAGAGAAUUUCUUCAAAGAAGCUGGUGAAGUUGUCGAUGUUAGACUUUCUUCAUUUGAUGAUGGGAGUUUUAAGGGAUAUGGGCAUAUUGAAUUUGCUUCUCCAGAAGAAGCUCAGAAGGCAUUGGAAAUGAACGGUAAAUUGUUACUAGGCCGCGAUGUUCGUCUUGAUCUUGCUAACGAGAGGGGUACUCCACGAAACAGCAAUCCUGGUCGCAAAGGAGAAGGAAGCCAAAGUCGAACGAUUUACGUUAGAGGAUUCAGUUCUUCUCUUGGCGAAGAUGAAAUCAAGAAAGAGUUGAGAAGUCAUUUUAGCAAGUGUGGAGAGGUGACAAGGGUUCAUGUUCCAACAGAUCGUGAGACUGGUGCUUCCAGGGGCUUUGCUUACAUAGAUUUGACGAGUGGAUUCGAUGAGGCGUUGCAACUGAGCGGAAGUGAAAUUGGAGGAGGGAACAUACAUGUGGAAGAGUCUAGACCAAGAGAUAGUGAUGAGGGCCGUUCCUCAAACAGAGCACCUGCUAGAGGAGCACCUCGUGGCCGUCACUCAGAUAGAGCACCUCGUGGAGGACGUUUCUCGGAUAGAGCACCACGUGGACGUCACUCAGAUAGAGGAGCACCUCGUGGCCGUUUCAGUACGCGUGGAAGAGGACCCAGCAAACCAAGUGUAAUGGAAUCAUCCAAAGGGACGAAGACGGUCUUUAAUGAUGAAGAGUAGAAGAAAGCUGUUUUUGGUUCUAUCUUAUAGUAGUAGAGCGUUUUUGGCCUAGUUUCUUUUGUUUUCUGUUGAGAAAAGCAUUAAGCUUUAUACUCUUCUUAAGAUUCUUUUUGUUGGUUUUUCUUAAAACUUAUUAAGAGCACUUUACUUUGCUGCUCAAAAUUUUGGAAUAAAUCCUUUUGACUUC